AUGUGCGCUGUCUUUGCGAAAGAAGAUCGUUGGGAUCGAGUGUUAUACUAUGCUUCGCAAGCUAUUGAGCUUGAUAAGAAUAAUACAAAAUCAAAAUUCAGAAUGGGUCAAGCACAUUUGCGACUGCAAAAUACAGAUAAAGCGAAAGAGCUACUGGAAGAAGUUUUGAAAGAAAACCCAGACGAUGCUCUUGUAAAACAAGAAUUAAACAAAGUACAGACAGCAAAUAAGCAAAUGGAAGAAAAAGAAAAAUUGAUCUAUAGAACGAUGAUGUCUAAGCUUGCACAAGGAAAGUAG